AUGGCAGAAACUGCAGUAUCAUUUGUUUUACAAGAACUAGGCCAAUUUGUAAUAAAAGAAACUAGCCAAUAUACAGUAGAAGAAAGAAAUUCAGUAGCAGGGAUUGAAAGAGACUUCAAUGAUAUCAAAGAUGAACUUGAGAGCAUCCAAGCCUUCCUCAAGGAUGCAGACACAAAGGCUGCUGAUGAUGAUGAUGGAUCCAAUGGAGUCAAAACUUGGGUGAAGCAGGUGAGAGAAGCGUCUUUUCGCAUAGAAGAUGUGAUUGAUUACUACAACAUGUUUUUGGCAGAGAGGGCCAGUCAUUCUAUAUUCAGAUCUGCACUCUAA